CACCGGCGUAAAACCGCGUUGGCGUACAUAUUUACUCCACGUCUGCCCGCUACCAUCUAACUAAGAUAUCAAACUACUGCUGGUCAUUCCGGUAAUGCAUUUAAAUUCUUUACGAUAGGAAAACAGUGCCUUUUUUGUGAAAUAUCCUGAAGGAAAAAGCAGUUCUUUUCAUUCUACCUGAAUAAACACACCUUUUCUACUUCAUCUCAGUGGAACUAAUUUGAUUUCGCUUUACAAACCGCCGGUGUUAUCUCCGUAACAGUUCAAUCGACUUCCUUGAAAUCUACCACCACAGAUUUGGAUUUAUUUUUCGCGGUCUGGGAUUCAUUUUGUUUAUAUCCUUCGUUUGCCCGGUUGCGUCUUAUUGGUCAGAGUCGAAUUGAAAACGAUUUAAUGAUUUGCUGGAAGACGAGACGGCUAAGGCGGAAUCGUUAUUGAUGGAACAUGAUAAAGACAACAAUACAUCGUGGACUGUACGCAGUCGCCGUUUGGGUGUAAUUUCAUCCCGGCUUUUCAAGUCAAUGUUAUUUUUGCUUUGUGAUUGAAACGACUAGAUCCCGGGGAUGGUGAAGGGACUAUGUAACCUGACAACGCCAACUCUUUUUAUUGUGUGCCUAUGAAAUAACGCAAUAACACACUCAAAAUAUUAAAAGGUUCGAAUUUGAGCGUGAAAGAGACAGAGCAUCACCAGUCGCCUUUGGUGCUUCAAGAAGGCUGAAAGUCAUCCUUAUGAUUCUAUUUUUAUAACGCAUUUAUUGGAGGUCGAAUAGCUGUAUUCCCGGCAAUGCAAUACACGGACCUAAAGCUGUCUGGAUAUUUUGAAAUGUGAUAUGAACUUUUAAAAAGGCAGGGAAAGUUCGAAGAGCUUUCUCCGUGGACAGGAUGAAAAGGGAAUAGUAUAAGUAAACGUUUUGCCUUUGAGGGCAAAAUAGAAAUCCUUAAAGCUAUACUGCCAAGAAGGUGUUGCAAUGCAUCGUGCUUAAGAUUUGAUUCUGAAAAUGUUUUUAUACGAAUAGAUUUUCGACGGACGAAUAACAUUUUUGUGAUAAACAUUUGCCCUUGACCUCCACAUGUGCGUGCCAGACUGCAAUUCACCAAUUGUUACGAUCAUCAACAUUUUAAUUUGAAUCCGAAAUCAUGGUGCCAGACUUCUACCCCGACUUCUACAAAACUUUGUAACCAGCUCUAGAUUGAUGACAAUAUCCGAACUUUUUUCUUACCCGAUUAUGUAACAGUAUCAUGGUAAUAGCAGGUACAAUCUUACAGUCUCGUGUAAACUUAGCUAUUCUUGUCGUCAAAGCUACAGCAGUUGGUGGGAUUGAACCAGGUGACCGGGCACAUUUCGGAUAACAUCACACCCUAAUUGCAUUCGCACGUCCGACAGCCGCUCCUUUUACGACCCUUGUUGACGAAGGGGGAGGAGAGCGCAGCGUCUGAAAAAAAUGAAAUAAGUAGAUAAAAGAGGAGGAUGAGAAAGUGCAGAAAUAACAUUCCUCCGGGGCAAAGGAGGUGAGAGGAAGCUCAUUUCUAUGUAAAGAACCGAAGAGUCAUGGGAAAUCGAGAGUGCAGAUAAGUCACCGAGAAGGUGUCAUCAAGACGUCGUUAUUCUGUUUCAAACAACUGUUUAAAGUGCGCGAUGGUUUAGUCGAAGGAAUGUGACGUGCAUUCAGGCGCAGGGAUUCUUGUGUUUUUUAAUACGUCUUCCUUUAUCCAUCGCCCGGGGUUUGGUACCCUAAUGACAGACCUGUGCUUUUUUGGUUCGUGGGGAUCAUGAUGGGUGUAGAGUAACGCUGCAGAUAGGAGUUACCUACCCGCCCAUGAUCGCAUCGAAUGGGAAUGCAUCCUGGUCGAUCGAGUCGAGCGAAGGCCUUAGCGAGUGUGCCAAACCUAAGAUAUUUGAAGUGGAAUAAUUGAUCAUCGGCUCAGGAUUCAAUGUGCUCUGAACGCAAAUGCCGUGUAAAGUUGAUGUAAAUGUGGAUUAAGCACCCAUGUUUUCUUCGUUAAACAAUACUUAAGUCAUUACCAGCGUUGAUUCGGCGUUGGGAAUAGUGUCACCACGUCAGCAGUAAUCCGAUCGGAUUCAGUUCAAUGCCCAGGUUCUCCUCGAGUGGAUCGAAUGAUCUAUUACCCUAAUAACUGCAUUGUGUGACAGUCACCCUAUGGGGAUUCGCUCGUGACAGAAUCUCUUUUCUGCGAUUGGGUUCAUCCUCACUAUAAAAUAUCGGGGAAAAUGUGAUAUUGGGAUUCCUCCUACGUCGAGCAUUCGAGCAAAACGAGGUCAAAUAUUCAAGAUAGAUCAUAUUUUGUCUCGCGGAUUUAUGCAAAAGAGCUAUGAUUUUGUUUUGGGCGGCUGUUUUGAUAUUCUUUUAAUUUUCGAUACGACAGCUGAUCACUCACUACGGUAUAAUUUGGAGUAAGGUAUCCUGUAUUAAUGGUAUUCUGAUAUAAAUCUCGUGUUCUGGAUUAGUCAUCUUCUCUCUGUCGGGCGUGAGUAAUAAUAAUAACUACUUGCGUCCGUUAAUCAACUUGCUCAUAUUUUCAUAUACCUUGAGAAUUUUAAUACCAACAAACAUAGAUGGUCAACCGACCCAGUAAACCAUCAGGAUAAUGUAAUUGUUUUACAACUCGUGAAUUUACUCACUGUGAUAGGUAAUCUGUAUCAUAUCGUCAUGGUACACUGCGUAAGUUAAUCAGUAAUACGAUCGUGAUUAUGAUAUUGGGAAUGGAUCAAUUGUGUGAUAGGAGACCGUUGAGAGCAUCGGUUCAUUAAAUUUCUAAUGCGGAACCUAGAACACUUCCAGUCUUAUUCACCAGAAAUGCCUUCAGACCAAGGAUCACCACCUGCCGCAGAAGGUAUGGAUCCUGUCAUUAAUAACGAGCCGGUCAAUGGCACCUUGGACGUGCCGCAGCGAGACGUCAUCACCCGGGUGAAAUCGAUGGAGAAGAAGACAGAGUCCCACCCGAAACCUCGCGUUCAGUUCAACGUGCCUCCGCAGGUCGAGGCUCCCAAGCCCUGUCGGAAGCGAAAGCAUCGUUUAAAACAACAGAUCGCAGUUGUCGUGAAGGAUUUAGAGACCGUGAUCUCGGAGUUAAGCUCCGUCGUGGUCGAGCUUCGCGGGGUAUUAGUCCAGAUUGAACGAGUGUCGACAGAGCUCGACGCCACGGUUGGAAAGAGGAACGCUAGGAUAAAUAAAGUUCAUCACCGGAAUCAAGCGAUGAGAUGUAUGGCGAGUGACAGCUCACAGGAGAGGUUAGACUCGCCGGAGCUGGUACGAUUAUCGGCCAGGAUGAGACGACGCGUCAGCGCUAAAUCUCGACGAUGUUCCGCGCUUAGCGCGAAAUUAAAAUCCGAAUCGGAAUCCAGUCUCGCAACAGAUCAACAGAGUCCAAGAAAAGACCCUGUUCUGAACGGACCCCUUAGGAAAGCUUACAGCGAGGACGGCAGUCAAUUUGGUGUUGGUGGUGACGAAUCGGACUACGGCACCAAGUCCGACGCCGAGUCGACUCAGCGUGACUUGAGUGAGAUGGGAUCUCAAGGAAAUUGUUCGUGCACGAGUUCGACCCGACAAACAGCCACCAGCGAUGGUGAUAGACUUUCCAAUCUUGGCCUUUACUCUGAUCUGGAAAUCGUUGUCAGUCCCGAGCUCGCCCUCCGAUCAGAAUUCUUGAUGAGAUCUCCUGCUUUAAGCCGGUUCUCGACCACAUCCUGUAGCGAUGCCGAGUCUGUCGAGUUCCAUGCUGAUUAUAACAGGGACAUCAAUACAUGGACGACCUAUGCACUUGUCCAUAUAGACGCAACUAGUAAUAGCGAUACUUGGGACUCCGAUAGGGAGGUAUGUGUUUGAUGAUUGAAAGGAUUUUCUAGUUUUAUGGCUCUAUGAAAAUAUAAAAAUGUUGUAAUUUUCUUGAUUUACACAAUGGU